AUGGUUUUAUACUCGUGUACCUUGUGGUUUGUCCCAACAAAGCCAACCACUAAAUUUCCAACUGGUAAUAUUGGAAAGGAAGAAUUUGGGCAAGCCCGAGAACACAUAGAAGCGAAUAAAGUGUCCAAUAGGAUUAAGGAUGUUGUGAAGCCAACAAGAAUUGAUGAAGAGAUUACAGUUGCAGAGAUUGACAGCUCACUAUCAUAUUAUAUUCACAGAACAAAAAUUAGUAAGCAAUAUGUUAAGUACAAAAGCAAACGCUCAAAACCUUGUCCCACUUUGAAGCAAGUAAAAGGCAGUGGUCGCAAAUGGACCGAAUGCCGCAAAGCACAAAGGUUCUCCAAGUCCCGAACAUUAAGUACAUCAAACUUACCUGGUAAAUAUAGCCACAAAAUAUGGCACAGGCAAGUAGAAUUAUAG